CAAUGGCACUCUAUGGGGUCCAACGACACUCUAUGGGUUCCAAUGACACCCUAUGGGUUCCAAUGGCUCCCUAUGGGGUUCCAUUGACCCCCUAUGUGUCUCUAUGGGUUCCAAUGGCUCCCUAUGGGUUCCACUGACCCCUAUGUGUCCCUAUGGGUCCCAGACCCAUACGUGAAGGCGUCUCUGAUGGCUGAGGGCCGUCGCUUGAAGAAGAGGAAGACGUCGAUCAAGAAGAACACGUUGAACCCCAGCUACAACGAGGCCCUGGUGUUCGACGUGCCCCACGAGAGCGUCAACCACGUCAGCAUCACCAUCGCCGUCAUGGACUAUGACUGUAUAGGGCACAAUGAGGUGAUGGGGCUGUAUAUGGGAUAUGGGGCUGUAUAUGGGAUAUAUGGCUGUGUAUGGUCUAUGGGGCACUAUGGGGCGCUAUGGGGCGCUAUGGGGUGCUCUCCGUAUAGGGCACAAUGAGGUGAUGGGGCUGUAUAUGGGAUAUGGGGCUGUAUAUGGGAUAUAGGGCUGUAUAUGGGAUAUAUGGCUGUGUAUGGUCUAUGGGGCGCUAUGGGGCGCUAUGGGGCGCUAUGGGGUGCUCUCAGUAUAGGGCACAAUGAGGUGAUGGGGCUGUCUAUGGGAUAUGGGGCUGUCUAUGGGAUAUGGGGCUGUAUAUGGGAUAUAUGGCUGUGUAUGGUCUAUGGGGCUGUGU